AAUUUUAAAAGAAAAGAAUCCCACCGAGCCAAAGCUGCCACCACACGGGAGGUGCCGCGGGACACAGGUGCCUUCUCCAGCCCGAGCUGCAACUCCCCUCUAACGCAGCCCGGGGCUGCACCCUGUGGCCUUCGGGCCUGGGGUCCUGAGGAGGACAUAGCCCACCCCAGUGCUCAGUGCAGGGGCUGCAGAGACCCCGCGUGCCUCAGGCCCCUGCAGCACGGGCUGUGGGGCCAGGCCAGGGGAGUGUGCAGGCGUGCUUGGCCCCUGGGCCGCGGGCAUCGGUGAAGCGGGCUGCAGCUCCCUGGCAGGUGGGGACUCAGAGUGGGGGGACCCGGGGCACGGAGGAGCAGGGGCCGGCGAGGAGUCGGGCUGGGGCUGCAGGGCGGGGCCCUCCAUGCCCACGGCUCUGGCUGCCCAGAGACCUGGGCUGGGCUCUCCGGAGAAAGGCACGAAGCUCUUCCCGGACCUCAAGGGGCGCCCGACCUGGAGGGACGGGGCGUGACCUGGGUGCCCGUGGGGGCUCCUGGGAGGGCCCUGAGGGGCGGGGCAUCGCAGAGAACAUGGCCGCCUUCCCGGCUGCCCGCUGUCCCCCGAGGCCGGGCCGUCUUGGCUCGAGCCUCUCCGGCCCGGCACGUUCAGAGGAUGCUUCACCAAGGCCAUUAAGCUGUCACGGGCGUGCGGCUCGCGCCCCUUCCCGCCAGUCGCCGGGGCAGCUGCACUUCCCGUCUUUCCCCUCCACUGAGUCACCAUCCCGCCGCCGCCUCUGAGCUCAUCCUCCCAGCCGUCACUCAGCCCCCUCCCCGCCGAGGGCCGAGGACUCUGCCAGCCCGGGCAGCCGGACGGCCGCAGGCGCCCACUCUGCUCCCUCUCCCCUGUGUCGAAGGCAGGUGCACCUCGCAGGACGGCAGGUGGACGCUGUGGCCUGGGGUCCUCCCACCACCCCUCUGCUCCAGGCCCCGGGGGUGGGGGCAGCGGCUCCCUUGGUGGCUGAGUCCGCAGAUGUCAGCGCCACCCGCACCAGGAAGGAGGAGGUGGCAUCGGUCCAUGGCCUGGCACACGCGUCCGUCUCCCCUGCCACACAGAGGACAGGGCUGGGCAGGGACCCCAGGGAGCUGCCCACUGCCCAGCUGCCUGCGACAAGGCCCGGCGGCCCCACCACCCUGUGAGUCCUCGGGGUCUCUGCCGGGAAACCCUCCCGGGGACCGGGGAGGCGGUGCGCGCCCCAGAACCCUGGCACCGCGCAUGCUCAGCAGCAGAAGCCGCGAUGGCCCCGCCCGACCGGCAGAGGAGACCCAGACCUGACCAGGCGGGCAGACCUGAAAAUACAACAUCUGGCCUAAGAACGUUGCGGACAAAUGUCAGUAGCGAAGAGUUUGAGAGGGAGAGUGGGGAACUCGCGACGGCCGCAGAGAGCAGGGGCUGCAGACCAGACGGCCAGAGGAGCAGGAGCAGCCCCGCGACCAGGCCGGGCAACGCCGUCUGUCCGUCCAGCGCACUGGGCUCCAGAGACAGCAGAGGCUGUGGCAGAAAAGGCGUCGGGAGGCGUCCCAGGUCUGGGGAGAGGAAGAUUCGAACCUCCCAGAAGCGCAGAGAACGGGAACGGCCUAGAAACGCAGGAAUCCGAAGGAAGCGCUUUGGAAGCAGCUAAGGAAAACAACGCAUUUCAGACUCGAAAAUGGCGCCGAUGGCCGCAGGCUGCCCGUCAGGGGCAGAGGCGGGGGCAGUGGGGCGGCAUCUUCUCAUUAAGAUCAACUGUAUUAACUUGAAAGAGUGACGGAGAGAAUGGGAGAGACAAGGAUCCCCCAGCCGCAGGUUCAUUCCAAGUGUGCAAUGGCUGGGGCUGGGCCAGGCCGAAGCCAGGAGCCAGGAACUCCCUCCAGGUCUCCCAGGCACUGGGGCCACCUCCCAUGGCCUCCCAGGCUGCCAGCAGGGAGCUGGGUGGGAAGUGGAGCAGCCGGGACUGGAACUGGUGCUCUGAGACGGGACGCUGGCCUCACCAGCCGUGGCUCAGCCGGCUGCGCCCAGCGCCGGCCUCAGAACAGCGUCUCGGAGGCGGAAGGUUCUGCUUCAUCUUCUGACCUGACUUGUUCCCGUCUGCGUCCUGCCUUGACCUUCACUGCUGGCCCCGGGCUCCGUGCACGUCCCCUGGCUCCCUGCUGGAGCUGGAGUGCGGAACGGGCCCAGCGCAGGCCCUGGGCUCCCCAGCGGGGCGGGGCUGGCCCCUCUCCCUGUUCCUGGGGUCUCCGUGGGCCCCACGCUUCGGCGCGAGCCCUGAGGCGUGACCUGAGCCUGUUUCAGGGCCCAGCCCUCGUCUGUACCCCCGCCCAGGUAGGCUCCACCCCGCACGUCCAGGUCAGUCCGGCCCAGCCUGGGGCCCUGAGCACCCGGGGAUCGGGGUCGGACACGGAAGCCCAGCAACGCCUCCACCUGCUCCUGGCUGGCAGCGUCCCCCGGCCCAGUGCAAUGGAGCCUGAUGGUGCCCCGACGGUGUCCCGGUGACGCCAGCAGGAAGGACAAGGACAGUGCCGCAGGCCUCGGUCAGGAGCUCCCCUCACCCCAGGACAGGACCCUGAGUCUCGGCUGUGCAGGGGCCUGGGGUCCUCUCCAGAGACCACACACGAGACCCACGGACCACAGUUUCCAGGCAACAGGUGCCCCAUGACCCGGACAGUUGCACCCGGGGAAGGCCGGUGCUGGCCGGGUCAGUGCAGGUGGCCCCAGCGCAGCCAGCUGCAUGGGUGCCAAGGGCGCCUUUGAGGCCACACAUGCUUAGGGUGCUGUCCAGGCUCCCCAGGACACGGCUCAAGUGCGGGCAGCACUGUCCCCGGACCUCGCUGGCCCCCGACGGCAGCCAGCGUCCCCUGAGGCUCUCAGCUUAUGGCUUCCAAUACUCCCUGUCCUCGGGCCACAGAGCGGGGCUUCUGGGGGCGCUACUCCAGCUGGGCUGGCCUCGAGCCCCACCGCCGCUGCACAGGGCUAUCCUGCUGCGUGCUGGCCAGGAGCACGAGGGGCAUGAGGAGUCGCCCGUCCCCAGGGCGCCCUCACCCCCAACAUCUCAGUUGCCUGAAGAGGAAAGAGCCUGCCUGUGCGGCCGCGGGAGACCCUGUCCGCAGGGCUGUGCCCCACCCCCACCCCAGAGGGUCUCCCUCAGCCAAACCUGGCUUCACCUGAGGGCGCUGGGAGCUUGGAGAUCCCGGGAACCCGGAGUCCCAUUUCACGCUUCAGCACCGCCCCAGCCCCCGCCCUGGCUCCGGCUCCAGGGUGGGGCUGGGGGCUGCCGAGGGGCUUGUGUGGUGUCUGAUGCCCCAGAGCCAGGACUCGCGGGGAGCAAGCGGGGGCUCAGGAGGCAGCAGACCCCUCCACUCCUGGGGGAGCCUGGGGAAGAACCUGGAUGCUCCUGCCUUGGCUGCCUCCACUGUGUCCUGGGUGCCCUUGGCCUGGGGCCGCCCGCUCACCGCCUGUCUGGCCGAAUGAUUCACUGGGCCGCACAGGGCCAGCCCUGGCAGGACAGGCGGGGUGAGCGGUGUCCUGGACAGAGGCCCGGCCCACCGGUGCCCUUAGAUCACCAGGCUGCAGAGCCGGCUCCGCCUCCGGCCCCCAAAGCCGCCUCCUGCCCACUGCUGCCUGCUGUUCUUGGGCCGGCUCAGUGCCGCCACGUGCACUGUGUCCUGGCUGUGCCUGGCUCCAUCCAGUCCCGUGUCGAUCCCCAAACUCCACCGUGAGCCGGCAGAGGCCGACAGGCAGCAGAGAGCCAGGGUAUGGCGGGCUCCGCUGUCGGCUUGGUUUCAGCUUUAUCAGACAGCACCGCCCAGGGGCCUGGAAAAGACAGUUGCGGGUUCGCUCUGGGGCGCGUGUGUCUGCAGGUGCACAUAGGUGAGCCGUGUGCCGUGUCCACACGUGUGUGUGCGUGUGCUGCAUGGCCGUGUUUUACGCCAGGGCGCGCUGGAGGCCAGGAUCGGGCUUUGGCUGGUUUGCUUCCGGGGGCUGUGGGCCUGGGUCAGCCUCCUUGCCCCCAGCCUCGGCCUGGGUGUUUCUUCCCGUGUCCUCUCGGGCUUGUUCACCCAGAGCCCCCUGCCCUGAGCUGGGUCCCUGCGGGCUUCUGGUGCCGGCUCCUGCCGAGAGGAGGACCCCCACCCCCAGGCCUGCGCCAGCCCAAGCACUCCGGGGGACGAGUAAGAGGGCCCUCCCCACACGGCCCGGACCCUCGGACUUGGGUCUGCUGAGCAGCCCACUCCCCCGAAGUUUGGGGCCAGCUGCGGGGGCUGGGCGGGGCCCUGGUGAAGCGGCCACGGCGGCGCCAGCAUCUCCUGCCAGAACUCGGGGUUCAAAACGCAGCUGUUCUGCUCCCCUCCAGCUCCCGCCAGCACAGGUCAAGGGCUGCGGCCCCGGCACCCACGGGGAGGCCUGGAGGCGGCGCCUGGCCCAGCCCUGGCCAUCGCUGCCGUCGGGAGUGAACCAGUGGAUGGAGGAUCGCUCUCUCUCUCUCUCUCUCUUUCUGCCUUUCAAAUAAAUAAAUAAAUGUUUAAAAACUUGUUAUUUCAAAAAUAAUAAAUAAAAUAUUGUGUUAAAA